AUGUCUUCCACUGCUUCUUCCUCUUCCUUCUCGAGCAUCGACCAUAGUGUCGGCUCCAGCGAGCUGGAUGAUUGCCUUGGGAAGUUGAUCAUGCCAGGCUCCAAGCCCACUUCUAGCCAAAGCAGCGACUACCAAGCUGUGGAGGUCCCCGACGACUUCGACACGAGCCUAACCUCCGAAGCAUCCAAUAGUAUGUAUGUGCUCGAGGAGAUGAAAGCCUAUAAGAUGAAGGAAGCCUUCUACAGUAGCAAAGGCGAGGUUCUUGGCAGAGGAGCCUACGCACAGGUCCGCGUCGUCUAUAAGCGCAACGGCGAAGACAAGACAACUCGUUAUGUUGCCAAGGAGUUCUUCGAGAGGAAGUAUGCCCCAUACGAUGUUUUCGUGCGCGAUAUUCGUAAAGAAUUCAUCGUCGCUCGUCAUGCUUGUCAUCCAAAUGUCGUCAAAUCUGUUGACCUUUGCAUCAAGGAGAGGCAGUGUAGCAUUGUCAUGGAAUACUGCAGCCAGGGUGACCUCUUAGAUGUCCUUUCGAUCGGUCGGCUAAGCACCACUGGCAAAUUAUGCCUGUUCAAGCAGCUUUUACGUGGUGUAUCCCACCUUCAUAACCAUGGCAUCGCCCAUCGAGACCUGAAGCCAGAUAAUCUGCUCCUCACGGAAAAGGGUGUUCUCAAGAUAACCGACUUUGGUUUCGCCGUAGUCUUCAGGGACCCCGAGAUAAAUCCCGAUAGUGUCCGCCAGUGUUCGAAUAAAAACAUCUGCGGUACCGAACCCUAUCUGCCACAUGAGGUAUGGUACAGUAGAUACUAUGACCCUCGCCGGCUUGAUGUAUGGGCCUGUGCCUUGAUCGGACGAUACUUGUUCAACCAUAACAUGGCCUGGGAGGUCGCCGACAUUGAAAAGGAUAGGCAUUUCCAAAGGUUUGUACUUAAUUGGGCGGAAUUUCGUAAAAGCCGUUCUGUCAGCCUUAUUGAUUGGGCUGAUAUCCACAAAUGGCAGCCAGGGUUCCGGCCUGCAGACUACCCGAGCCCUUACAUAUGGUCUCUGAUCCUCCUGAUGCUGCACAUUUACCCCGAGAAAAGGCUCACCAUCGACGAAGCCUUGAAUAGUCCCUGCAUUCAAGCUAUUGAUUGCUGUUCUCCGUUCGGGCUUGAAACAGAUUCUACAGACUCUGCCUCUCCUCCUGAUACUCAUCAUCAUUGUCAGGUUCCCAGGGGCUGUCACCACCACGGCACUCAUCAGACACGGACACCGAGACAACCAAGUCAAAUGACAUCAUUAGGCGAGUAUAUUCAAGUGAGUGAUGAAUAAGUCACUAAGAGCCAAUUCAACUCGGGUCGAUGGUCCUCGAAUCAAUCCUCUAGUUGAGAAAAUAUUCUCAGCUUACUACACACAUUGAACCGCGGUGCAAUGAUAAUACUGCGGUUCAUCCUCUAAAGAAUUGGGCCCCAAAUUAUGGUCGCAAUUGACUUCAAUGACACAUACCAAGUCAACGAACCGAUAUCUAAUAUGUUCUAAGUUGAUGCUUCAAACUCGAUUAUAUACAACAAGCCGACUGUUAUCGUGCCGCUACUUUUGGAUAAGAUGUCCACUUCGCCGCUGUGUGUCAACAGAAUUACUCUAAUAUGUUGACGUUAGUGACUACGCCUCGAAGGGGCGAGACUCUUGAAAGACUAGCUCGAAUUAAGAAGAUCUAG